AUGACAAGAGCCCAAGACUCAGCUGGGGACAAACACGAAAUCAACUUUAAGACGAUACGAAACACACUCGUCUAUCAACAAGGAGCUCUCGUUUCGCUAUUGGUUCAACACAUUCCUCUUUCUUUUAAAAAGCCGUUCAAAAAGGCAAAAGUUUUCGAGCAACUUUUGACAUUAGAUACUAUAGGUGAAGGGGAAGCUUCAAUUAACGUACCUUUAUUUACUGAGAAACGAUGUGAAGAACGUUUUAACUUUGAAAUAAAAAAUGGGGUUCUUCCAAAAACGGCAAAGAGGCGAUUAGAGUCCAAUAGGUUAACAGAGCCAGUUCAACUUCUCUGCGACUUACUUCGAGAAUUUGGGUAUUAUUUAGAAAUCGAGAAAAAGAGGGGGAGGAAAGAUACGUUGAAAACCGAACAUGUGACUUCCGUCUGGAAAGACGGGGCUUGUGUUCUUAACGAAGAGCAAAUGAUUGAAAAAGGAAAAUAUAUGAAUGGGUAUGUCCUUGAUUUGUUGGAGAAAAAAGAACCUGUAACAAUUUACUUUGACUUAAAGGGAAUCCAUUCUCGAUAA